GUUUGAUGUCCGCGCAUGCGCAGCGCGGAGGGCGGGGCGAUGCGUCAGAGGCACGUGACGUCAUCGCAGCUCCGCUUCCUUCUUCCGGGAUCGAGAGUCUCCCAACAUCCUUCGACGAGUGAAAUAAUGUCUCACCAGACGGGUAUUCAGGCUGCUGACGAGGUGAAGGAUGUUUUUGGCAACGCCAGGAACGGAGAGUACCGACUCCUGAAGAUCGUGAUCGAGAACGAGGAGCUGGUUUUAGGCCUCACCAAAGCGGCCGCUCGCAGCUGGGAGGAAGACUAUGAUGCUCUUCUGCUUCCUGUGCUGGAUAAAGAGCUGCCCUGUUAUAUCCUGUACCGCCUGGACUCCACCAACAGCCUGGGACACGAGUGGAUCUUCAUUGCCUGGUCACCGGACCACUCGCCUGUGCGCCACAAAAUGCUGUACGCCGCCACCAGAGCCACGCUCAAGAAGGAGUUCGGCCUCGGACACAUUAAAGAUGAGAUGUUCGGGACCGUGAAGGAUGAUGUUUCUCUGAGUGGAUAUAAGAAACACGUCAUGGCUCAGUCAGCUCCUGUGCCCCUGACGGCCGCUGAGGAGGAGCUACGACAGAUCAAACUCAGUGAGGUUCAAACAGACAUUCACGUGAACACUACGAAGCAAACUCUUCAGGGUUUGGCGUUCCCUCUGGACGGAGAGGCCUUCACUGCGCUACAAGAGUUCAAGGACAAAAAACUCAACUACGUUCAGCUGAGCAUCAAUUUUGAGAAGGAGCUGAUCAUGCUGUCGAACACGGACGCCACGGAGGUGAAGGAUCUGCCCAAGAGGAUCCCCAAAGACACGGCGCGCUAUCACUUCUUCCGCUACAAACACUCGCACGAGGGCGACUUCCUGGAGUCUGCAGUGUUUAUUUAUUCGAUGCCGGGAUACAGCUGUGGGAUCCGUGAGCGCAUGCUGUACUCCAGCUGUAAGAAUCCACUGCUGGAGAUGGUGGAGAACAAACUGCAGAUGGAGGUGGAGAAGAAGUUGGAGAUCGAUAACGGCGAUGAGCUGACCGCUGAUUUCCUCUACGAUGAGGUUCAUCCCAAGCAGCACGCGCACAAGCAGGCGUUCGCCAAACCGCGCGGGCCGACCGGGAGAAAAGGUGAGCGCAGGAUCACGCGACGCCCCGGAGACGGCCAGGAAGCUGACGAUUAACAGCAGACGAGCGCCAAUCCAAGAGACCACGCCAUUCAUUCCUCACAGAAUACGAUGCAGAGCUAUGCACAAUGUGACACAAACACCUCUGCAGUGCAUUUUUGAGCUGUACUUCAAAUUACAAACGAACGAACCAAUUACUAAAAACAAGGCUUUAGUGAUUUUUAAACUGUGCCAAAAUCAGGUCAAGACGUGAUCUCUGCAAACCGUCGGCAUUCCUUUUAUUGUGUCUUAUAUUGUUUUAUUUUUCUAUUUUGUACCAACCACGAGGGAGAUGUUAAUCACAUGGCUCACAUCCGAUGGAUCAAACUCAUUUUUUUACGAAAUAAACUCAUUUUUUGAUAUGAUUGUUUUGGUUCCCAUGUGCCAGGAAGCUCAUUUUUCUAUGCAAAUGCUCUUCUGUUGUUUUGUUUUCUGAUGUUUUUGUCUCCGAUUGUGGCUUGAGGUGUAUUUUCCCGCCGUCUCCUGAGACGAUGGAGUCAGAUCAGGACGCAUUAUCACGAUGAAUCUAAAAAGGGAGGAUGGAAAUAUGGGUGAAUUCGAUUGAAUCACUGUUAGGUCAAAACGAACACAGGUCACAUGGAGUAUCUACGGUCAUUUGGCAAACCACUGUUUAGCAGCAGCUCUUGAGUUUCACAUGUAGCCUGUCUGUGCCGAGUGUGUGUGUGUGUGUGUGUGUGUACAGACGCCUCAGAUACUCGUCUGUGUACAACUUUGUUUUGUUUUUUUUCUAGAGAAAAAUAAAGUAUUCAAAUCAUUGAA